AUAAAGUCAUUAGCAAAGCUAGACAUUUCUUUGCCUUGAUCUUUUGAAUUUUCUUCUUCGUGUUCGCUGGAUGUGGUGGCAUUCGCGCGUAAUAUCACUCCUCCGUGCCUCGCGAAUCGUAUAGAUCUGGCGUCCGCCCCUGCAAAUUUCUCUGAGAUGGGUGUCAACACAGCGGCUGAAGCAGCUGCUAGGGUUGCAUAUCUCUCCAGCGACCUGGUGCUAUCGGUGCAGCCAUCACUCCAGGGAGAUUCGGAGUUCUCUCAGCAAUUGAAGCAGCUCUCUGCAAAGAAUGUGCAGGGAAUAGUGUCACAUGAAGUGCCAGAAGUUCGCGCAGUACGCCAAAAUGAAGACCCUCUGCUUUCGGCGUUUCAUCCAUUGCAAAAUGGGAAAUAUGUAUCUGUGACCACUUCUUCAUCUAUCCUGCUUUCCUCAAUCCCGCAUCUUUAUCGACUUGCACAGUAUCCCAUCGUCCUCCACGUUUCUCUGGAGCCGGCUGCCUUCCCGGACUUCUCUGUUAUCAGUUCCAUUAGGCAAUGUGGCUUUUCAUUUCUUCAUUCUGAGACUCCCCAAGAAGCACAAGAUAUUGCCUUGACAGCCCAUGCUUUGGCAAUUAAGUCUGGAAAGGGUGUCAUUCAUUUCUUCGACAGCAGCAAUGCUAGUGGUGACGUUCCAAUUGCGGAAGAAGACCCGGAACUUGUUACCGAAAUACUUGAUUUGAACAGCGCAAGGGCUCUCCAUCAAUCCAAUGGAACCUCUCAAACCAUUUAUGCAAAUUCUGGGCGGAUCGCGACAGUUGAAGAGCAAGGCUUGGCCGCUGCGCAAAGUCAAGCGGUGGCAACUUCAGAACUUCCAGCUUUAUCCAAGGAUCUUUCAAGCACAGAGGCCUCAUCUAUUGCUUCUUCACAGGGGGAUAGCAUUUCCGGGAGUGCCGUUCCCAGCUCCGCCGCAACAACAGUCGAGGCUCCAACUCGGAGACCGGUGGAUGCAUCGGAUAUUUUCCAAAUCGCAGCCCAUAUCUGGGACUCCCUAGCAGCUCGAACGGGGAGAACUUAUCAUGCCAUCGAGUACGUUGGUCCCGAAAAUGCGAAAAAUGCGCUUUUUAUCUUCGGAUCCACUCGCAUUUUCGUCGACAUUCUCAGCGACCCUAGUAGCAAGGGAGAUUUUCCGGGUAUCGGCAUCAUUACGGCUCGCUUAUACCGUCCUUGGGUGGGCAGUCAAAUAUCACGAACAAUCCCAACAUCGGUAGAGCGGAUAGCCGUGCUGGAACAAGUCCGCAAGACCACGAAAUGGGGCCCGUCAUUUUUAGAUCUUUUAUCCAGUUUAGCCCGGCAGGGCGGCGGAAAUAGUCCUCUCCUUGUCGGCUACAGACUGGGAUAUGUUGAGCCUUCAACCGUACGACAGGCUCUGCGUGGCAUCUUCCAGAAUUUAACCGCUUCUUCUCCAAUUCAGAAUCUUGAUGUCGGCACGCAGAAAGAACCAUCCGAGGUAGCGAGCAAGUUGCAAUUGGAGCAACCUGCAAACGAGAAUGCAUAUGUAAAGAUCCUCAACCAACUCUUCGAUGGCCGUUUGCAUGUUGCAAACCAACUUGGCUCCCAGCACGCUGGAAUUUCGGCGACGGUUUCCACCAGCCCGGAAUAUGGCUUUGGUUCGCUGAUUGCGCGGAUGGAACGAAGGGAACGAUUUGUCGGCGAGGUCCAGGAGGCUGUCAAGUCCAACGAGUUCGCUACAGAUAUUCCGAGGAACUGGUUGUCUAAAUGGGCAUUAAAUGCCGCCGAGCCCAAGAAAAUUAACCAGAUUGCCCCUGAUGUAAUCGCGCGUUUGUUAGUUGACGGCUCUAGCCUGUCCAGGGAGCUCCUCGCUUCGAAGCAGUUUUUCUUCGCAGAGUCUCAAUGGCUCAUCGGGUCCGAUGCUUGGGCCUAUGACCUUGGCAACUCUGGUGUGCAUCACGUUCUUGCUUCCGGUGCAAAUGUGAAUAUGCUCAUUAUCGACUCCCAGCCUUAUUCAGAACGUGUUGCGGCUGAUCCGACUAGAAGAAAAAAGGACAUUGGUUUAUACGCCAUGAAUUAUGGCAAUGCCUAUGUCGCCUCUGUUGCCGUCUACAGCUCAUAUACCCAGGUAUUGCAAGCGAUCACGGAGGCAGACCAAUUCAAGGGUCCAUCCGUAGUUGUUGCUUAUCUUCCGUACAACAAAGAGGAUGACUCUCCGUUGACCGUGCUGCAAGAGACCAAGAAAGCUGUCGACUUGGGAUACUGGCCAUUAUAUAGAUGGAAUCCGAACAACGCUGAGAAAGGAGAACCGAAUUUUGCAUUGGAUUCUGAGCGUAUCAAGAGAGAAUUAGAGGAAUUUUUGCGGAGAGAUAACCAGCUUACCCAGAUCAUGAAGCGCAAUCCUAGGUUCUCUGCGGCUUUGUCGGAGUCAUACGGCUCCGAGGUACGUGCUUUGCAGAAGCGUGCUGCAAAAGAUGCAUAUGAUAAACUAUUAGAAGGCCUGUUUGGGGCUCCUCUCACCAUCUUGUUCGCAUCGGACAAUGGAAACGCAGAGAAUUUGGCGAAGAGAUUGGGCAAUCGGGGUAAAGCCCGAGGUUUGAAGACCGCUGUUAUGGCCAUGGAUGAUUACCCAAUUGAAGAUCUGCCGACCGAGGAGAAUAUCGUUUUUAUCUCCAGCACGGCUGGCCAGGGAGAGCUCCCUCAAAACGGGCGCAAUUUCUGGGAAACCGUUAAGAAUUCUGCAGAUCUUGACCUUAGUUCUGUCCAUUACUCCGUAUUUGGCCUUGGUGAUAGCCAUUAUUGGCCGCGAAAGGAAGACAAGAUCUACUAUAACAAGCCUGGCAAGGACUUGGAUAGCCGUCUCUCAUUCCUCGGCGCAAAGAAACUUGCAGAUAUUGGAUUGGGUGACGAUCAAGAUCCAGAUGGUUACCAGACAAGCUACCAAGAAUGGGAGCCCAGAUUAUGGCAGGCUCUCGGUGUUGAUAAGGUUGAAGGCUUGCCAGAGGAACCACCGCCAUUGACGAACGAAGAUAUUAAAAUUCAAUCGAAUUAUCUCCGUGGAACUAUCGCUGAAGGGCUCCGGGAUACCUCGACUGGUGCAAUUUCCGCCUCUGAUCAGCAACUCACGAAGUUUCACGGUACUUAUAUGCAAGAUGAUCGCGAUGUCAGAGACGAGCGCAAGGCUCAGGGCCUCGAGCCCGCAUACAGUUUUAUGAUUCGUUGCCGUUUACCAGGCGGCGUCGCCACUCCGCAACAAUGGCUGCAAAUGGAUGCAAUUAGCAGCGCAUAUGGUAACGAGACUAUGAAGCUCACGACACGACAAACGUUUCAAUUCCACGGUGUCGUCAAAGGCAAGCUUCGGCCAGCCAUGCAGGCGAUCAACAAGGCUUUGAUGACCACUAUCGCUGCAUGUGGUGAUGUCAACCGAAACGUCAUGUGCAGCAGUCUCCCGGAGCUUUCGACUUACCAUCGUGAGGUCCACCAGGUUUCGAAAAAGAUCAGUGACCAUCUUUUACCUGCCACCACCGCAUAUCACGAAAUCUGGCUAAAGGACGAAAAUGACAAGAAGAUCCAAGUUGCUGGCGACGCGAUCGUUGAUCAUGAACCGCUCUAUGGCCCAACAUAUCUUCCUCGCAAGUUCAAAAUCACCAUCGCUAUUCCUCCUCACAACGAUACAGAUGUUUACGCUCAUGAUAUCGGUCUGAUCGCUAUCAAGGGAGCUGACGGACAUCUCGAAGGGUUUAAUAUCCUCGCUGGUGGUGGAAUGGGUAUGUCACAUAACAACAAGAAGACAUAUCCUCGUACAGGCAGCAUGUUGGGCUACGUUCCGGCCAAUCAGGCACACAUCGUUUGUGAGAAGAUUAUGUUGGUGCAACGAGACCAUGGCGAUCGAAAGAACCGUAAGCAUGCUCGUCUAAAGUACACAAUUGACGAUAUGGGCGUCGACGUCUUCAAGGACAAGGUCGAGGAGAUCCUUCCCAACGGACUUCGUUUCGCACCACCUCGUCCGUUCAAAUUUGAUUCCAACGUCGAUACUUUCGGCUGGCAGAAAGACGAGAAGGGGCUUAACCACUUCACAUUCUUCAUUGAAAACGGCCGUGUGGAAGAUACCGCGGACUUCCAAAUGAGAACCGGCUUGCGAGAGCUUGCUGAGCUCGGCAAGGGAGAAUUCCGUCUUACCGGUAAUCAGCAUUUAAUCCUGUCCAAUGUCGAGGAUGCGGACCUUCCAGCCAUCAAACAACUGAUGGCUAAAUAUAAACUUGACAACACUGCAUUCAGUGGUCUCCGCCUCUCCUCAUCCGCCUGUGUCGCCUUCCCUACAUGUGGUCUUGCGAUGGCCGAAUCUGAGCGCUACCUUCCGGUCCUUAUAACAAAGUUGGAGUCAACACUUGAAGAGAACGGCCUUGGACGAGAUAGCAUUGUCAUGCGCAUGACUGGAUGCCCCAAUGGCUGUGCCCGUCCCUGGCUUGCUGAAGUGGCAUUUGUUGGCAAAGCGUAUGGUGCUUAUAAUAUGUAUCUCGGCGGUGGAUAUCAUGGGCAGCGACUGAAUAAGCUGUACCGUGCUUCAAUCAAAGAGGAGGAAAUUUUGGACAUUAUGAAAGGGUUGUUGAAACGGUAUGCGCUGGAGAGGAACGUGGAUGGGGCCCUUCCAGAGAGGUUUGGGGACUGGUGUGUUCGCGCAGGAGUUAUCAAGGAGACAACUGAGGGGAAAAAUUUCCACGAAGGGGUCGCGGAAGAUGAAGGCGAAGAAUGAAUGGACCAGUGGAAAUUCCUCUUUCUUGCAUGCGCUGUGCAUACCUUGAAUUUUGCAUUUUUAACGUUUGAUAUCAUAUCUCCCGACCUUUUAACCUAGUUGAUACCUUUCUGACUAUGUCGCUCGUGUCUUCCAGAGGCAUGAGUUGGUCUGGUGUGGGGCUUGUUCUUCGUUAUAAGGAUGGACUCCAAAAGCAGUAGUUAUGUAUUAAUUCUGUGUAUCCACUGUGAUUGAAUGCCUGGU